UGCACUAUGAACCCUGAUUCAGAGCAGCUCAGUAAACUGUGCAGCAGCAGCAGCAGCAGUAGUAACAGUAGUAUUAAUAGUAUUAGUAGUAUUAUUAGUAGUAUUAGUGUUGAUUUGAGGGUUUAAAUAUUAAUAAUAAUGAUCUGUAUUCUGCUGGUUGCAGGUCAUGGGACAGUUCUGGAGACUCAGAUUAAGAAUGAUGUCACAGGUUUAUAUGGUCAUCUGGCUGGAGUUCCCAAAGCGCUGCUCCCUGGUGUCGGGGGAAAGAAGAUACUUGAUUUCUGGUGGGAAACGGUCAAUAUGCGGCAACUCUUCAGUGAAGUCUAUCUAGUCACGAAUGCAGACAAAUACAAGCACUUUGAGAGGUGGGCGACUGCUAAUGAUUUCCCGGUGGAGAACGUGGUGAAUGAUGGCAGCACUACUCUGGAGGAUCGGCUGGGGGCCGUGGCGGACUUGGAGCUGGCCAUCCGGAGCCGUCGACUGCAGGAUGACAUCAUGGUGAUUGCAGGAGACAUGCUUUGUUCUGACCAGAACUUUGACAUUGCUCAAGUUAUUCGUUUCUUCAGGUCCAAGUCUGGAGAGCUGGCUAUAUACUAUGAGCUGGAGGAAGGGGAGAAGUGCUGCUCCAGGGGAAUCGUGGAAGUGUGUCCAGAAUCUCAUAGGAUCACGCGUUUCCUCGAGAAGCCACAGGAGGGCGUCACAGCAUCUCGUCUGGCCAGUGUGGUUUUUUACUGUCUCCGCAAAGAUACUCUAUCACACCUCUCGGACUUCCUGCUCCAGCAGCCGAACGUGGAAGACAAGACGUUCGGCAGGUUCUGGGAAUGGCUCAUAAAUGAAAUAAAAUUUCCAGUGUAUGGCAUGAAGCUCCCAACAGGGUUCCAGCUCAUUGGACAAGUGGGUUUAUCUGACUACACAAAGUGGCUUGCCCAUUACUCUGCUAAGCAGCAGGAGUCUCCAGCCAGACCAAUCACAUGUCGUUCCUAUGCCAGGGUUGGCCUGAUGGGAAAUCCCUCAGAUGGUUUUAAUGGGAAAACCAUCGCCAUGACCAUUUCUAACUUCUGGGCCGAAGUCACACUCGUGGAGAGCCAGACUCUGGUCCUGUUGCCUCAUCCUCUGAAUGACCCCACUGAGUUUGGGAGUCUGCAGGAUCUGUUUCGUAUCAGCCGUAAAGAGGGGUAUUUGGGAGGUCUAAGGCUGCUACAGGCCACCUGCAAGAAGUUUUACCAGUUCUGCUCAAAGCAAGGUAUUGCUCUCACCAAGCAGAACUUCACUCUGAAGUACGACACUAACAUUCCACGGCAGGUGGGGCUAGCUGGCAGUAGUGCGAUCGUGUCUGCUACGCUGAAGUGCCUGAUGAAGUUUUACAACAUCACAGAAGACGAUCUUCCUAAACCAGUCAGAGCCAACUUCAUACUGAACGUGGAGACUGAUGAGCUCUUCAUCACGGCAGGUUUACAGGACAGAGUGGUGCAGGUCUAUGAGGGUUUGGUGUACAUGGACUUUAGCAAGCAGCUGAUGGAGGAGCGAGGCUAUGGGGAGUACAUCCCUCUGGAUAUGAGCAGUCUCCCCGCGUUCUGGUUGGCUUACCUGGGGGAUCCCAGUGACUCCGGUCGCAUUCACAGUAAUGUGCGUCAGCGCUGGCUAAAUGGUGAAUCUGAUGUGGUUGAAGCCAUGAAACGGUUUGCUGAGCUCACAGACCAGGCCAGGGCAGCUUUCCAGUCUAAGGAUUGGCCCAGACUAGCUCAGCUCAUGGAUGAAAACUUUGAGUUGAGACGGUCUGUUUACACUGAAGACUGUUUAGGACCAGGAAAUCUCAGGAUGGUGCAGCUGGCACGACAGUUUGGCUCUGCUGUGAAGUUGCCUGGCAGUGGCGGUGCUGUUGUUGGAUUGUGUAUGGAUUCUCAGCAACUGAUGGAGAUGAAGAGAGCGUUCCAGGAGGCCGGCUGUGUUUUCUGCAUUAUUGUGCCUUACUGUCCGGCUGACAGCGCUGUUCAAAGAUCUAAAUGAUUUUCUCCUUGAUAUCCUUCAUCAACAGUGAAUUAGGUAACAUUUUUCUAAAAGACGAUUGGACAAUUCACUUCCCUGAUCCUGAUGUUUCUUCUUCUUUCUUUUUUUUUGGUCACUAAACACAAGAGGUCAUUGUUAUUGGCUGCUGCGUUGACCCUGGCAUGUGCUACAGUGUGUUUGCAGCAGUCUGCGCAGAUCUGAAUCAUGGACGCUCUGUUGCUGCAUGUCUCAGGCAGCAGAAACAAUUGACCAGUUAAAGUGCUAUCAAUGCCAGCAUUGUACGCCCUUCCUGUCCCUGUGUUUCAGGACAAUAAUAGCCCAAGACUCCCAACCAAAAUGUUUAUUAGAAUGGGUGUGAUUUAGUCUAAAAUUGAGCAAACUAUUUUUGUGCAAACUACAAUGUAGUUGUUAAAUAUGUCAAAUUUAGCUUGAUCUGCUAAAUGCUUAGCAAUUCAGUGAGGAUGAAGUACACCAAUGUACAAAAUACAGUAUAUGCGUAGCAUAUCUCUCAGAUUUUACUUAAUGUUAUAUAAUGUUAUAUAAUGCAGAAUGUAAUUUUAACGGUACUCCUUUCAUUUUUUACAUACUUCAAUUUCAAUGAUAUUCCGAGGACUGAAGCCAUUUUUAAAUGCUGAAGGUAUUUUAAAUAAAUGCAUUUCUAUGACUGAUUUAAA